AUUUCAUUAGUGGAUAAUAAAAUGAUACUAGUAGUAUAUGAUGAUGAUGAUGAUGAUGAUGAUAAAACUCAUUGACUAAAUACUAAUUGGAUGAUUCCACGUAGAAAGGAAAAAAUGGAACCAAUGAAGAAUUGCCUUGUCACAUAAGCACAACACAUUGCAAACGGCAAUGGUGGACUUAGAAAUUUUGAGUCGUCUCGUGGGUCCAUCCACAAAGUGACACUUCCCAAUUUCAAUCUCCACGUCGAAUGAACUAGAACAAACCAAUUAAACAAUGCCACGUUGCACAAAACCCAUCCUCCACCGUCAGAUCAUCCACACUGGCAAAUCAAACAUAUCUCACAACACUCAUAUCCCUGUAACUAGAACUGAGAGUGAGAGUAUAUAUAUGAACAAAAUGUAUUAACGAGAUCUUCAACCUAAACUAAACAGAACACGUUAAAUCUCAGUUUUAGAAGCUACUAGAAACUUUGAACAUUCACUGCAAUGAGGAAGUGGACGAUCCCUUCCGUUCUUCUUCUUUUCUCUCUUCUUCUUCUCUUCGCAGAUCAAGGUCAAAAGUUUCAAGCGAAUGCGGAAGGUAGUUCCGAUGAUCUUGUAGAUCCACCGAAGGUGGAGGAUAAGAUCGGCGCUGUUCCACAUGGACUUUCAACCGAUUCAGAUGUAGUUAAGAGGGAAUCGGAAUCGAUCUCCAAGAGAUCGCUUCGGAGUAACGCGGAGAAGUUUGAGUUUCAAGCGGAAGUGUCAAGACUUAUGGAUAUUAUUAUCAAUUCACUCUAUAGUAACAAAGAUAUUUUCCUUAGGGAACUUAUUUCAAAUGCUUCUGAUGCAUUGGACAAGAUUAGGUUCCUUUCCCUCACUGAUAAGGAAAUUUUAGGUGAAGGUGACAACACCAAGCUUGAAAUUCAGAUUAAGUUAGAUAAGGAAAAGAAAAUUCUAUCUAUUAGAGACAGAGGUAUUGGUAUGACAAAGGAGGAUUUAGUAAAGAAUUUGGGUACCAUAGCAAAGUCUGGAACUUCAGCCUUUGUUGAGAAAAUGCAGACAAGUGGUGAUCUCAAUUUAAUUGGGCAAUUUGGAGUUGGAUUCUACUCUGUGUAUCUUGUGGCUGACUAUGUUGAAGUUAUUAGCAAGCAUAAUGAUGACAAACAGUAUGUUUGGGAAUCAAAAGCUGAUGGAGCAUUUGCAAUUUCAGAAGAUACAUGGAAUGAACCACUAGGACGUGGAACGGAGAUUAAAAUACACCUCAAAGAAGAGGCCGGGGAGUACGUCGAAGAGUUUAAGCUCAAAGAAUUGGUGAAGAGAUAUUCUGAAUUUAUUAACUUCCCUAUCUAUAUUUGGGGAAGCAAAGAGGUUGAUGUGGAGGUUCCUGCCGAUGAAGAUGAGUCCAGUGAGGAAGAGGAGUCAACUGAAAGUACCUCCAAGGAAGAAGGUGAAGAUGAAGAUGCUGAAAAAGAUGAAGAUGAAGAGAAAAAGCCUAAAACAAAGACAGUGAAGGAAACAACUCACGAGUGGGAACUAUUAAAUGAUGUGAAAGCUAUAUGGCUGAGGAAUCCAAAGGAAGUUACAGAAGAAGAGUACACCAAAUUCUACCACUCUCUUGCCAAGGAUUUCAGCGAUGAUAAACCUUUAGCAUGGAGCCAUUUUACUGCUGAAGGUGAUGUUGAGUUCAAAGCAGUCCUUUAUGUGCCACCUAAAGCACCUCAGGACUUAUAUGAGAGUUAUUACAAUUCAAAUAAAUCCAACCUGAAGUUGUAUGUUAGACGAGUGUUCAUUUCAGACGAAUUUGAUGAACUGUUGCCCAAGUAUUUGAGCUUUUUGAGCGGCCUUGUUGAUUCUGACACUUUACCACUGAAUGUAUCACGAGAAAUGCUUCAACAACACAGUAGUCUGAAGACAAUAAAAAAGAAACUUAUUAGGAAAGCCCUUGAUAUGAUCCGUAAGCUUGCUGAAGAGGAUCCUGAUGAGUCCACUGAUAAAGAAAAGAAAGAAGAGACAUCCUCUGACAUUGAAGAGAAGCGAGGUCAAUACACUAAGUUCUGGAAUGCAUUUGGAAAAUCCAUUAAACUUGGUAUCAUUGAGGAUGCCACCAACAGAAAUCGAUUGGCAAAACUACUAAGAUUUGAGACCACCAAGUCCGAGGGUAAAUUGACAUCUCUUGAUCAGUACAUAUCUAGAAUGAAAGCUGGACAAAAAGAUAUCUUCUACAUAACUGGAACCAGCAAAGAGCAACUGGAAAAUUCUCCAUUCCUUGAGCGGCUUAAGAAGAAAAACUUUGAGGUUAUUUUCUUCACGGAUCCAGUGGAUGAAUACUUGAUGCAAUACCUGAUGGAUUAUGAAGACAAGAAGUUCCAAAAUGUGUCCAAGGAAGGUCUGAAACUCGGGAAGGAUUCAAAAGACAAGGAACUAAAGGAAUCCUUCAAGGAUCUAACUAAGUGGUGGAAAAAUUCCCUUUCAAACGAUAAUGUUGAUGAUGUGAAGAUAUCCAACCGAUUGGAUAACACUCCUUGUGUAGUUGUGACAUCAAAAUUUGGUUGGAGUGCAAACAUGGAGAGAAUCAUGCAGUCUCAAACUUUGUCAGACGCUAGCAAGCAAGCAUACAUGCGCGGCAAGAGGGUUCUUGAGAUCAAUCCUAGACACCCUAUUAUCAAGGAACUCCGGGAGAGAGUAGUGAAGAACCCUGAGGAUGAGAGUGUGAAGCAAACGGCACAGUUGAUAUACCAGACUGCACUCUUCGAAAGUGGUUUCUUGUUGAAUGAUCCCAAGGAUUUUGCUUCUAGAAUUUAUGAUUCAGUGAAAACUAGUUUAGAUAUCAGUCCUGAUGCAACAGUUGAAGAGGAAGAUGAGAACGAAGUUGAGACUGAAAGUGAGACAAAAGAAGAAGCUGCUACUUCAAAUCAAGCUGAUGAGGUAAAUGAUGAUGGUGAUGUCAAGGACGAGUUGUAGAUUUGCAUGACAUCCUCUUUUUUACUGAUGUUGCUGUCAGUUGCCGAUAUUUCUUGGUUCAGCUUUGAGCAUUUGUAAAAGUUCAGUGUCAUGAGUUUUAGAUUCCUAAGUUUAAGGACCCGUCCAUUGGAAUUUUGCCUUAGCACAGUCAUUAGUCUUAACAUAUUGUUCAAGAAAUACUGCUCUGUUUUGCUUCGUUUCAUCUUAGUUUUUGUCAAAAUAGUUUUAGCAGCAAUUCGGCACUCUUUAUUUAUAAUUGAUCAGUCUUUUUUAUUACCUGCAA